CAUUUCACUCCUAGCCUUUUCAUAAACACUCUCUUUCUCUCUGUAACUUCUAACCAAAUUUGGAAAUUCGGUAAUGGGAUUUGAUCCGGCUUCCUUCAAUCUCAAAACCCUAUUCAUUCUACGACUCAGAUGUCACUCAUCACUCUAGAACAACUCCUCCGCGAGGAGGAGGAGGUGGUGGGUAAGGGAAGGGCUGCGUACUUGUCCGAUAAGCCCCGACCGAUUGAUUUCUACAAGGAGGAAGGUCGCGAGAUGAUGAUCGACGUGGCUAGCAAUGGUGGCCUGCCGCUUCUGCAGCAGCAGAUGAUUUUGGCUGAAAGCAGCGGAGAGGAUCCCGAGGUGAAGGCGCCGAAGAAGAGGGCAGAGACGUGGGUGCAAGAAGAGACACGAAGCCUCAUUAGUUUGAGGAGAGAGAUGGACAGGCUGUUCAACACUUCCAAGUCUAAUAAGCAUUUGUGGGAGCAAAUCUCCGCAAAGAUGAGGCAUAAAGGAUUUGAUCGAUCGCCAACCAUGUGCACGGAUAAAUGGCGGAAUUUGCUCAAGGAGUUUAAGAAGGCCAAGCAUCAGUAUAGGAGCGGUGGGACUGCGAAGUUACCUUAUUAUAAAGAGCUUGAUGAGUUGCUCAAGAACAGGAGCAAGAAUGCGGCUUCCAAAAACCACAUGUCCUCCAAGGUUGAUUCAUACUCGCAAUAUUCCGAAAAAGGUCUUGAUGAUGCUAGUAUUCCAUAUAAUUCCGUAGAAGCUAAUGGAAGGUCAUCUUUUAAUCUGGAAAGACGUCUAGAUCCUGAUGGACAUCCUCUUGCUAUAACUUCAGCUGAUGCAGUUGCAGCUGGUGGAGUUCCUCCUUGGAACUGGAGAGACACCUCAGCAAAUGGUUGUGAUAACCAUAGUUCUUAUGGUGGAAGAGUUAUUCAAGUCAAGUGCGGGAUCUACGCGAAAAAAAUAGGUAUAGAUGGCUCUGCAGAGGCAAUAAAGGAGGCCAUUAAAUCAGCUUUUGGAUUGAGAACAAGACGGGCUUUUUGGCUUGAAGAUGAAGAUGAGGUAGUUCGCAGUCUUGAUAGGGACAUGCCACUAGGGACCUACACUCUUCAUCUUGAUGAGGGGAUAAGUAUAAAGCUCUGCCUAUAUGAGGACACUGACCGUAUGACCUUUCGUACAGAAGACAAGAUUCUGUACUCGAAGGAAGAUUUCCGGGAAUUCCUCCUUCGUCAUAACUGGACUGGUUUAAGAGAACUUAGCGGAUUUCAUACUGUUGAUACUCUUGAUGAUCUCCGUCCUGGAGCUAUGUAUCAGGGCGUUUGAUUGCUUGGUGAUUAAAUAGAAUUAAGUAGUGAAAUGAAAUUAUGGUCUAUGGAGCAUGCUCAUGGUGCUUAAAGAUCACGAGAAAUUAUUCUGUGCGGAGUCUAGACGGAAAAUUUAUGUCCGGACUGUGAGUGUACAUAGUGUUUGUACACACUAUGUACAAAAGAAAAUCAAACUGUGUAUAAAAUUAUACACAGCAUACACACUGUGUACACUCACAGUCCAAAUGAAAAUUUUUUGCCCGGAUUCCACACAGAAGAAUUUCUCAAAGAUCACAGGCUAACCAAAUAUUCUGAGGUGUCGCAUAUACCACAUUAUUUAUAAUAGUUAGAGAGAGAGA